AUAACCGGUACGAUAUCAAUUACGAAUAACGAUUGAUAAGAACCGGGUUUUAUCUGUAAAGGGAGGACACGUCUCUCUUUAGCAAAACCCUAAAGAAGCGAGCAAAGUUACAGAGCGUCGUCGUCUUCUUCUUCCAUCUUCCGAACCGACCGUUACUAGCUCCUUCUUCUUCUUCUUCUUAUUCUUCUUCUGACGGUUGUGCAGCUGCUGAGGAAAGAUGCAGAGCGAGGAAUCUAACGAGCUUGCUAAUGGAGUAUCCAAGGAGGAGGAGGAGACUAAGGAAACAGUGAAGAAGAGUCAAAAGGCGGAUAGAAAGAAAAAGAAGUUGAAAGAGAAGUUGCUAAAGGAAGCUACUAAGGCUGAUAACAGAGGAGUUUGCUACUUGAGCCGUAUCCCACCACACAUGGAUCACGUUAGACUUCGCCAGAUUCUCUCUCAGUUUGGUGAAAUUGAUAGGAUUUAUCUUGCUCCUGAAGAUCCUGAAGCACAAGUUCAUCGCAAGAAGGCUGGUGGGUUUCGUGGCCAACUCUUCUCUGAAGGGUGGGUGGAGUUUGCUAAGAAAACCGUAGCUAAGAGAGUCGCUGAUAUGCUAAAUGGAGAACAGAUAGGGGGAAAGAAGAAGUCAGCUAUAUACUAUGAUAUUUGGAACAUCAAAUACUUGACCAAGUUCAAAUGGGAUGAUCUCACCGAUGAAAUUGCAUACAAAAGUGCAAUACGGGAACAGAAACUGAAUAUGGUUAUGUCUGCUGCUAAAAGAGAGAAGGACUUUUAUUUAUCUAAAGUAGAGAAGUCUCGUGCCAUGACCGAGAUUGAUGAACGGAUGAAGAAGAAGCGAAAGAUUCAGGAAGAAUCAGGCAGCAACGCAGAACCAGCGCAAGUCUUCCCACCUAGGGUGGUUCGUCAGUUCAGACAGAAGAUAGCAAUCAAAAAUGAGGUGUCUCAGAGCAAACCUGGUCUCUCCACAGAUGUCCUAGCAUCGGUUUUCGGCGGUUCUUAAAGAUUAAGAAGAGGCAUGUGAAGAUAUUGCAGUUUGAUCAAAGGCUUUAUAAUAUGUAUGAAUGGCUUUUCCCAUUAGUUUCUGCAUGUCAACAGAGUGAACCUUCACAUACACUUCUCUAGCUUUUUUGUUACUAAGAAUAUGAAUUAAAACAAAUUUUGAUACUUUUA